UUUUAGAACCACCUUAAAAAAUUGACAAUAGUGCCCGGAUGUCAACCAUUAGCAACGAAAACAAGCAAUAUGGCGGACUCGGAAAGUAUGAGUUUGGACACAAGUAACGAAGCUGGGGACGAUCCCCUGAUGGAUCUAAAUGAUGAACAGCUGGACAAACUGAUACAACAGAAAAUGAUUGAAAACCAAGUGUUACAAAAUGAGACACAAAUGUUUGAAAAGUAUCUUAAGAAGAGUGAACCAAAAGAUUCAGGAGGACCACUGGGUGGGAUCGGAGCUGGGUUAACAGUGUCAUCAUCUAAUCAAGAUCUAUCAAGAGGAAUGAACAGAAAACGAUCCAAGUCAAGGGGAGCUAAUCUGGACAAAUCACUUCGAUUAACAACAGAGCAAAAAUGUGAUAUAGCCCAGAAGGAAUUAGAUGAUCUAAAGGAAGAUAUAGAAAAAUACAGAGACAACUGUGAAAGAGUUAUUGACAAUUUUAGAGCGAUAAUGGAAGAAUGUGAAUUAACACUGAGUGAAACCAAGAAAGAAAGUUAUGAAUUUGAAAGAGACAUUUUGAAAGGAGCAGUUAAUCAGAGAACAGGCAAAGUUAUAGCUGAAAAAGUUUCCAGACAUUUUGAAAACAAAAUUCUUUCCAGGGACACAUUAGUGGAAAAAUUACGACUAAAGAAUUCACAGUUAAAAGUACAGAAAAUGAAAUUAGAUCUUCAGUUCAAACAGAAAGAAGAAAUGGGAGAGGCAUUACAUGAAGUUGACUUCCAACAAUUAAAGAUUGAAAACGAACAGUAUUUAGAAAAAAUUGAUGAGAAAAAUACAGAACUCAUGGAUCUAAAACUAAAAGCCAGUAAAUCUUUACAAGUAUUAAAUUCAUAUAAAAAAAAGCUACAUACACUGACAAUGGAAUCUGAAAGAUUGAAAUCGGAAAUAUCAUCACGGAAUGAACUAUUGACAAAGAUAGAUGCUGAAACUACAGUGGUAGAAGAUGAACGAGCCAAAGCUGAGAAAAUAAACCGUAAACUUCGACAACAAUUGACAGAUUUCCGAGUACCUGAUGUCAUGGAUUAUGUCACAGAAAAAGCUGAUCUUUAUGAAAUCCAGAGAAAAGUCAAAAAUUGGGAAAGAAAAGUUGAAAUUGCAGAGAUGGCACUUAAAACACAUAAAAAGAUGUGGACCAAAAUGCAGAUUGGGAGUGAGAUGGCCAAUCAACAAUGGAGAAUGAUGGAACAGGGGGUCAUGUGAUAACAAUGGAGAACAAAGUCAUGUGAUAAAAACAAAGUUCCAAGUCAUGUGAUAUCAAUGAAAACAGUACAUUCACAAGUGUUGAUGGAUGAGUGCUGUAAUUUUCAGUAUAUAAAGAGAAAUAUUUGUAUAAAUGAAAAUAAAAAAAACAUGAGUAAAAGAUAGGAUAAAUUAAUCAUUCUUUCCUGAAUUUGUAAUUACAGUUCUGAAUUAAUUUAUUAUAAAUGCCUAUAAGGGUACCUAUGCUAUACAGGAAUCUACUGAAGUGCUUUUUCACUGUUUUAUUGUCAAAAUAUAUGGAAAAUGUUUCCAUUUCAGACAUCCUAUUACUAAUGUAAGUGUUGAAUGUGUUCUUCAAUGAUGCACGAGUACAUGAGUAAGAAUUAACAUUGGUAAAAAAAAAUAUUUCUUAAUGUUUUGGUGUACAUUUUUGAAAAUAUAUCCAUGAGUUAGUGGUAAAUUGAAAGUAAUAAACAGUAAAAAUAUUCUUCCUUUUGAUCUAAAAAAAAAUAUCAUUUUAUUAAUGAGAAUGUCUUUAGACAGAGACACAUUCCUGUAUUCUUAUAUUUUAUGAGCAUUUUUAUGCAUGUUGUCUGUGAUAGCAUACUGUACAUAUACAUUUGUUAUGUAAAUAAAAUAUGUAAUAUCUAUUA